AAACGCGCCUUCCAUUGGUUACCAGCGAAAUGUGAAGCUUUCAAGGCUUCAAGCAGCCAAUCACAACAAAUCAUUUUUCGUCGGAGUUUCCGCAGAUCCCCACAUAGGAACUCAGCCUCGAGGUAAAUAACGUAAACAUAACCUACAUUGCAGGUACUGUCGUCUCAGACUCAGACGGAAGAGUGUCGUGCUAGAAGAAAGGAGUGAGGUAGCGCUCAAACCAAUAAAGUGACAUAAAAGUUUCACCAACAGUCUUAAUAGCAGAUGUGCUACUUAAUUCAGUGAGCUGUUCACCACACCUGAAAAUGUCAUUACCUACACAAGAAGACAUUAUAAAGAAACAAAAAACCUGCAUGCAGGUAGCAACAAACGUGACAGAACAGAAACAUCAUGUGUCGCGAGCUAAGCGGGGCCAGAUCCUGGGCCACCUUCGAGGGUUCAGAGGGUGCACAGUGUGGUUCACCGGAUUGUCUGGAGCUGGAAAAACAUCAAUAGCUUUUGAACUGGAAGCCUAUUUGAUCCAGCAUGGAAUUCCAGCCUAUGGGCUCGACGGUGACAACAUGAGGACUGGUCUAAAUAAGGACUUGGGUUUUAGCAAACGAGACAGGGAAGAAAACAUUCGACGAGUUGCAGAAGUCGCUAAGCUAUUCGCUGACGCAGGUCAGAUUUGUUUAUGUAGUUUUGUGUCUCCGUUUGCAGAAGACCGCGAGCUGGCGAGAAGAAUACACCGCGACAGCGAUUUGCCAUUCUUCGAAGUAUUCGUCGACACGCCUUUGAUCAUAUGUGAGCAACGAGAUACGAAAGGACUGUACCAAAAGGCAAGGCAGGGCGCAAUUAAAGGUUUUACUGGUAUCGACCAGCCGUAUGAGAAACCUGAACACCCAGAUCUUGUUGUAAAGACGAUUGAUUCAACUGUUGAGGAAUCAACGCUACAUGUGGUUGAAAUGCUUCAAGAAAAUGGCAUUAUACCUUUAGUGGAGGAUGAUUACGAAAAAGUUCUUGAAUUAUUUGUUCCACGAGACAGACUGGCUGCAGCUAAUGAAGAAGCGGCUACCUUACCUAAAUUAAAUGUUACUUUCCUGGAUCUACAAUGGCUUCAAGUACUUAGUGAAGGUUGGGCUUCGCCUUUAAAAGGGUUCAUGCGCGAAGACCAGUUUCUCCAAACCCUUCACUUUAACUGUUUACUCAAUGAAGUAAACAGUACAAAUCAAUCCAUCCCCAUCGUUUUGCCAGUAUCAACAUCCGAUAAAGAACGUCUUGAUGGAACGUCUGCUAUUUCCCUUUAUAACAAUGGCAUAUGCUACGCAAUUAUGCGAAAACCCGAAUUUUACUAUCACCGAAAAGAAGAACGAGUUUCAAGACAGUUUGGAAUCACCAACAAAGAUCACCCUUACAUAAAAAUGGUGUACGAAUCCGGUGAUUGGUUAGUUGGAGGUGAACUUGAAGUCUUGAAGAGAGUUCAAUGGGGAGACGAUUUAGACGUCUUUAGACUCACCCCGAACGAGUUAAGACGAAAAUUUAAAAUAAUGGGUGCGGACGCUGUCUUUGCAUUUCAGCUUCGCAAUCCCAUACACAAUGGACAUGCCUUGUUAAUGACGGAUACCAAAAGGCAACUUAAAGACAGGGGCUACCGCAAUCCGGUUCUUCUCUUGCAUCCUCUCGGUGGCUGGACUAAAGAUGACGAUGUUCCUUUGCAUACACGAAUGCUGCAGCAUCAAGCGGUAUUGAAUGACGGGCUUUUGGAUCGACGCUCGACUGUUUUGGCAAUAUUCCCCAGUCCCAUGAUGUACGCCGGGCCAACGGAAGUACAGUGGCACGCAAAGGCGCGCAUGAACGCCGGGGCAAACUUCUACAUUGUAGGUAGAGAUCCCGCAGGAAUGCCUCAUCCCGCUGGGAAAGAAGCAACCCCAGAUGGCAAUUUGUACGAUGUGACGCAUGGCUCACGCGUUUUGAAGAUGGCACCAGGGCUGAAUUUGCUGGAGAUCAUACCAUUCCGGGUAGCAGCGUACGACUGCAAAAAUAAACGAAUGGAUUUCUUUGACGCUACCAGGAAAGAGGAUUUCGAAUUCAUUUCUGGUACGAAGAUGCGGGCUCUUGCCAGAAGCGGUGAAAACCCACCAGAUGGGUUUAUGGCACCCAAGGCUUGGGAAGUUCUAGCCGAUUACUACCAAUCCUUAAUGAAAGAUAAAUAUUAAGGAAAUCGAAAAUGUCUUAUUUUCAUUUAGCCGCAAUUUGUUAUAUCCUCUGGCCAGAACUAACUAUAGAUAUAUUUAAAUUGUGUAUGCUUAUUAUAGGACAUUUAAAAUGAAAAAAGUGAACAUUGUCGAAUUUCUUAACCAUAAGCUUUGAAGCGUUGCACUAAAAAAUAAGCUGAUUAAUAUCACAAAGUAGUUCGUUAAUAAAAUAUGACAGCGAUUCUAUAGUUCAUUGUUUCUUUAGUGUUAAAACUAUUGGUCGGUUUUGUGACAUUUUUUGGUACAAUGCUUUUAUGAUGCUUUCACUUAUCGUAAUUUUUGUUUCUUUAUAAUGCUUACAAAUCUCUUUUUGUUUUAAUAUAUCUUAAAAACCAUAAAACAAUCGCGAUUGGCAUUUAAAUCGUUCUAUCCACCCAUAUCGUGCGAGCAAGAAAAUUUAAGUUGAACUAUUUUUAGAUUUGAAUUCAUAUAUAUGUAUGUUAAAUUUAGUGGCGGAUUAACCGGACGGACAAGAAGGUAGCAAUACAAUAAUGUUAAGAAUAAUACAAAAUUACAAAAAGCAAAAAAUGUAGCAAAUUGCUUGGCCUAAACUGGUGGUUGGUUCCCGCCGCUUAGAUUCGCCACUGACUAAAUCCAGUGCUUAUUAUUAAUGGAAUUAUGAUUUAUGACGUUAAUACAGAUUCACAAUUUUCAAUCCAAAGAUCGUCAUGGCAUAAUAACCUUUAAAUUAGUUAUGAUCUUGCCAUGUAUUCAUUUCAAAUUCUGAAUAAAAACUUGCAUCUCAGAUGUGUUCAAACAUUAAUUGUUCUUAUGUAUUUUAUGCAUUUUUAUGUAUCUUCAGUUUUUCUGAAUUUUAUCUCAACAUUUGUAAUUCUACUUCGUAUUUUAAAUUUCAUUAACAUUUUUAUUUUAUAUAUAAGUGAUACUGUGUAAUUUUUUAGCUAAUGAGUCUAACACAUAUUUGGCUAUUUAAAAUUUCUAUUAAAAAUACCGAUAAACUGCAGUAUUUGUUGGAUUCAUUAAAUAUUUAAAAUUAUCCAUUCCAUAUUCGCAAUAUAUAAAUCCUUAUUUUAUGUAGUCCUAUAUUCCACUUGUAUUUGUUAUGUUUUAAAUAUAUUUUAUUGUAA